AUGUCCGGAGUCGCUUUCGAACAUGGUCCUCUGCCUCAAAACACCAUCCACGUGCGACUGGUGCAGAUUAUUCAGUACGAUAAUCAAGGCCUGCACUUGAGCAUGACCGUCUGGCCAGCCCAAGAUGCGCCUCCGUACCGUGCGGUAUCAUAUACCUGGGGCUCGCCAGAGGAGCCACUGAGUCAGGUACGCAUCAAUGGCAAGCUCUUUGCAGUGCGCAAGAACUGUCAUUACACUUUGUGGCAUGUCCAGCUUCACUAUCCGAAGUGCUACUUGUGGAUCGACUCAAUCUGCAUCAAUCAGGGUGAUGUCUCGGGAAAGAGUGCCCAAACCGCAAAGAUGUGGUCGAUCUUUAAUGACGCCAAAGAAGUGCUCAUACGUAUUGGACCGCAUGUGGAUUCCAGUGAAAGGCUUCUACAGCUAGACUGGAUGCCUGAAAGCAUCCGCUCGCUUAAGCAUCACUUGACCGUCUGGGUUCAUGAUCCUCCGAACAGCUGGGCGCCUGAUUUCCUGGCUGGCGCAUCUUGCAGCACAACGCAGAUGGUUGAUUUGCUGAAGAGGUAUGUCACGUUCUCGCGGCGAGGAUACUGGAAGCGUACCUGGUGA